CAGACUGCCAGAUGUCACCAUUGCCUGGCAAGAGUUAGGGAUCUUUCCUUCAUUAUCAUAGUAAUUAUAUAGUUGAGCAAUUCUUCCCAGCAGUCUGUCUCCUGGGUGCAGACAGAAGGAUGACAAACAGUUGGCUUGAUCAAGGUCCCCUACGUGCUGAAUUAAUGUGUCGUGAGGACAAGGAGAGAAGAUAUUGCAGACUAUGGUCUCUGCGGCUGAGUCUCAAUGAAACAUGAGUAAAAGUCAUAAAAGGGGAGAAACUGAGAAAAAAGCAAGGGCCAGAAAGCCCCAUGAGAAUCGAAAAGCAUCCGUGAGCAUGGUAGACUGCAGCUAAUGGCGGUUUAUCCAGAACCUGAAAAUUACUCAGAACUCCAGAAUUUAGAAUUUGGACACGGGGUGUGGCUGGAAGAGUAGUGGCUGAAAUGGAGGCUAAAGGAGCAAGUUAGACCUUAGACACGGAGGAUCCCGUCAUGUCACCCUGCCCAUCCUGACGAUGCUACUCAGCCUGGGGAAGGCAAAGGAAGAUCGAAAGCAGGGAAUUCUGUGAGUGGCUGUUAGUGAGCAGAUUCUUGAUCAAGUACUUACUCCAUGGAUCCAGGACAGGAUCGUCCCAUGGCCUGCUCUGAACAGUGUACAGUCUAAGAGUCGAGUCCAUCAGCAAACCAUCUCUUGCCUUACAGAACAAGCCAAGAAGAUGGACCUACUGAAGAACCAUCCGACUGUGUGCUUACCACCUUCUGUGCCCUUCUUAAUCCUAGUCUCCACUCUCGCAACUGCUAAGAGUGUCACCAACAGCACUUUCAAUGGCACGGACGUGGUCUUGGGCUCUGUGCCUAUAGUCGUUGCCAAAACUGACCACAUCAUAGUCAAGGAGGGGAGCAGCGCCUUGAUUAACUGCAGUGUUCAGGGCGCCCCCGACCUAGGAUUUAAGUGGUAUAAUUCUGUUGGCAAGCUAUUGAGAGAGGCCGACGAUGACAAGGAGAGAGGAGGAGGCAAAAUACAUGGAAAUUACGAAGUAUAUUCUGUGCAGGGAAAAUGGCAAAUGCUAGAUGGUGGCCUCCUGAACAUCACCAGGGUAUCUUUCUCAGACAGAGGGAAAUACACGUGUGUGGCAUCUAACAUCUAUGGCAGCGUGAACAACACAGUGACACUGAGAGUCAUCUUUACCUCCGGAGACAUGGGUGUAUACUACAUGGUCGUGUGCCUAGUGGCCUUCACCAUCGUCAUGAUCCUCAACAUCACCCGCCUGUGUAUGAUGAGCAGCCACCUGAAGAAGACUGAGAAAGCCAUCAAUGAGUUCUUUAGGACAGAAGGUGCCGAGAAGCUGCAGAAGGCCUUUGAGAUUGCCAAGCGCAUCCCCAUUAUCACCUCAGCUAAAACUCUAGAGCUUGCCAAAGUGACCCAGUUCAAAACCAUGGAAUUUGCCCGGUACAUAGAAGAGCUUGCCAGAAGCGUGCCCUUGCCUCCCCUCAUCAUGAACUGCAGGACCAUCAUGGAGGAGAUCAUGGAAGUGGUCGGGCUAGAGGAGCAGGGGCAGAAUUUUGUGAGGCAUACCCCGGAAGGCCAGGAAGCCACCGACAGGGAUGAGGUAUACACAAUCCCCAACUCCCUGAAGCGAAGCGACUCCCCCACCGCCGACUCGGAUGCUUCGUCGCUACCUGAACAGCCCCCUCAGCAGAUCGCCAUCAAGGUUUCGGUUCACCCCCAGGCCAGAAAGGAUCAUGCAGAUGACCAGGAGGGUGGGCAGUUUGAGGUCAGAGAUGAAGAGGAGACGGAACCAUCCGAGGAACACUCCCCAGAGACUGCGGAGCCGUCGACAGACAUAACGACCACGGAGCUGACGUCUGAAGAGGCGUCGCCUGUCGAGGCCCCAGAGCGAGGACUGCCACCAGCACAUCUGGAGAUGCCAGAACCAGCAGUGACAUGUGACAAAAACACCUGCAUUAUUUAUGAAAGCCAUGUCUAAUCUUAACUCCGAAAAGCUAUGCAUAUCAAGAAAAAUCAGGGGCUGCUCCUUGUAAUACAAAUGUAGUAUGCACUUGCCGCUAAGCCUUACCAGGAGACUCUCAUCCCUUAGGUUGGAGUGAUGCCCCGUGACGGGGAAGACACCUGCAUGGAGUUCAUGGGACUAGACUCACCCCAGUAGGAACAGACGUGAGAAGUGCUGGGGUCCAGAACUGAUCCGAGGGGGCAGAGGUCUGUCCAUGGGAUCUGAAUCAUAGAGGCCAUUCUCUGCCAAAUCCCUUAAUUGGUGAUGCCCUUUUGGCCAAGAGUACACCACUGUAAGAUGUUCUGAGUUCAGGAGCCGUGUCUAAUGCAUACUGCAUUGCUUUUUUUCGGUAAUUAUAAGUCUGCUACAGUAGCAAUUGCUCCUACAUGAGUUUGUUGCACUUUUUCUUCUCAGUUUUAAUUAUUUUCACAGUUCUUCUAUAAUGGAGUAGUUGUUAUUAUAUUAAUAUUAAUUGCUCUUUCUGCUGGAGCCUUUCUGUGUCACCUUUAUCCUUGUUUUUUCUUAGUGUGUUUACCUCAGAGUCUUGGGUGUCAGUCACUGACAUGGCUGUACUCCGUCCUUUGUAAUGCUCCAAAGUAGUUACGCCCCACUCUUUUUCCUAAUUUCCUCUAUUCAUACUCGUUUUGUUUCCAAUGAAGCUGCUAUUCUGAAACUGAGAAAAACUUUGCCCCCAAAUAGCACUUUAACAGUCAAAUUUACCUGUCCAGUUCUCAGAGCAUUUAGGGCGAGCUCAGCUUGAGGUGAGGAACAAGAUUAUAAAUGCUUAGAUAUACCCACAGCUCUCCAGAAAAUGGCUUACAUGCAAGUGCCCUCAGAACAGCCCCAGAUGCUUGUCACCACCCGAGCCCCAUCAGAGGAAAUGGCCUUGGACAGCCCGGUUCUUACCAAGAACGUCAUCGUUUUUAUUGGAUUGUGAAUAGAAUAUGCAGGGGACCCCUCGAAGCUCACUUAGAAUUUUGUGGAAAGUCUCCAAACUAUAAUAACCCCUAAGUCAAUGGGAACCUAGAGAGGAAAGAAAAAACUCUUUAAAACAAUUGUGAAAAAAAAAAAGUUUUACUAUUGGGUUCUUUCUCCGAAUAUGAUGCCAUCAAAAGAGAACAGCAUUCUGAGUUCAUACCAGUUUACCUCUCUUGCAGAGAGGGAAACCAGGGUCCAGAUUUGCUAAAAAGCCUGGCAAAAGAAGACAGGGUCUUCACUUGGAAGAUUUAUUGCUUCCUAAGAUAGAGGUGUUUGGCGAAUUCCUGUAGGUACAGCAUGUUUGCUUCCCAGAAGGCCUUGCAGGGCCCAUAGGGUACUGCUCAGCUCAGCACUAGAUUUAGGGCAGAUUCUCUGUGAAGGAUACAACCAGGUCCCCUUUAGACUGCAUAGUCAACAUGUUGAUCUUUGAGAGGGAGCUUGCAAAAUUAAGAUAAUGACACACAGGAUUUUAUCCUGAAAUUAUUAUAUUCUUUGGCCACCAUGUAAUGCAUAAGGCAGCUUGAUAUUAGAGAACAAAGACAAUCCAGCCAUUCAUUGGGUUAAUUCUUGACUGUGCCAAUAAGCAGCUGCCAGGCUUUUAGCAAAUCUGGACCUUGGUUUCUCUCUCUGCAAGAGAGGGUGAACUGGUAUGAACUCAGAAUGCUGUUCUUUUUUGAUGGCAUUAUAUUCAGAAAAAGAACCCAAGAUUAAAACUUUUUUGUUGUUUUUUUUUUCCACAGUUGUUUUAAAGAUUUUCCAUUUCCUCUCUGGGUUCCCAUGCCGUUUUAAUGCUGUUAGUUCCUUGAACGAAAGGAAUCACAGCAUUUUCAACAAGUUCUCAAAAUUUUUCCCCUCCAAAAAAUAGAUUUUGUGCCCCGCUUCUACAGUUUAGAUUUAAUCUUGGUAAGAGCGAUGAGUGCUGCUGUUUUAUUCUCAGAUACAAACAGGGGAGACUGAAACCUUACAGAAUGCAUCAGAGCCGAGGCCAUCUCAAGUGUGAUGAGUGUCACAGGCUUGUGACGUCAGAGGCUGCGUGGGUUAUCAGAACAGCCCCAGAUGCUUGUCACCACCUCAGCCCCCAUCAGAGGAAAUGGCCUUGGACAGUCCUGUUCUUACAGGAACUCAAUCAUUUUCAUUUGAUUGUGAAUAGCAUAUGCAGGUGACCCCUUAAGGCUCACUUAGAAUUUUAUGGAAAGUCUUCAAACUGUAAUAACCCCUAAGUCAAUGGGAACAGCUUGUGGGGUACAUACUUUACAACAGGGGCAUCCGAGGGUAGCAGAGUUGGCGGUACAAGUGACCGUGACAGGGCUGUAGACAGUUCAUGGGCAAAGCCUCUGACAGCAUUUGGAGUUUGACAGGAUUUCCCUUUAAGAGGGAUUCCUUAUUGAUUCCUAGUGAAAAGUCUUGAAGGUCAUCUAAAGAAACUUGUAGCCUUCUCCCCUAAGGAGCCAGAGCUUCUUUGGAGGCUGUCUGGAUGGGGAUCUUAUACAGCCACAUUGAAGGAAAGUUUUAUCCCCAGCUCUUAGAAUAUACACAUUUCGUGAUUGUCACCGAGACUGACAAAUGCUUACUUUUGACAUAUGUACCCAGAGUGGCAGCAGGGACUGACUGGCAAAUGUCCUGUGAUGGUAUGUGAACUCUAUUCUAUCUGGUUCUCAUGUCACCAAAGCCUGCGUGUAGACUUCCCCAUGGAAAUGGGAAGCCGAGGUACCCAUGCCAUGUAAUACUGAUUAAGGAGUAUAAACUAAAGUAGGCAGAUUUUUCUUUGGCAUAAGAGCUGAAAUAUAUGACCAAUGAAUAUUUCCAGAUUGAUUUUGAUUCUUUGGACUGGAGUGGGAUAGGGAGUAAGUGGAUGAUUUUGAAAUCUCCCUCUUUAAGGUAUCAAAUGUUCUCGGCAUAACAACAUCUAACCAUAAAGGGAACUUGGCUUGAUAUGGAAUUUGUCCAUUCAGAAAUUUUAUGCUCUCGCUGCCCCUCCACAGAACAGCUUCUUACUAGGAUGUGAAAUGUGGAAACUUCAUCUCAUAACACUUGGCUGAUAGUUUCCCAGAAAAAAGUUAACCAUUCGGGUUCCCAGAAUCAUUUGUGGAGUCCCGUUGAGCAAACAUGCACACACACUUGUGCACAAUAGACUCAUUUGGGCAGCUUUAAAAGCUCAACACUCAGACCCAACCUAUGUAUGUCCUUUGGGUCUUCUAUAGUCAUUCUUUAAAAAAAAAAAAUCAAACAAUUUCUGGUUUCUGAGUCAUCCUGGUCAUACCUCUAGCAAUUUUUUUCUUGAAAUUCUGAAAAUGAUUCACGUACAUAUGCAUAUUUAAUUCUCUUAGAUGAUCUAUAAACUUCGAUGGUAUUUAUUCUAAAUGGGAAAAAAUACCCAAAAUUUUAUAUUGGAAAAAAAUCUAUGUAAUUUAUAAUGUUUUGUUUUAUAUAUUUAUAUUUUCAUAUCUUUAGGGCACAUCUGUUGUUCUCAUCUUUUUGUACAUCACAGUUGGCAAAAAGAAAUGCUAAUACUUGACUAAAAUCUCUAGGAACCAAAUGUGAUCUAUGUGCUACAUAAUGUAUAUAACUUGCUCUAGAACUCUCUGAAUGUCCUCACCCAUGCCAAGCACUGUUGUGUCAUGUCAUUACGGCCAGAAUGUCUGGAGUGCUCUUGAACAUUACUUUUUCACGAGGAAGAUUGAAAGGCCUGAUGUCCCACACAAUGGAUUUGGGGAUCUCUUUCCCUUCCUUAUCUUAUUGGUUUCUUCCUUAACUGGACGCGUCCUGCUGAAGGGCAGGUAGGAGAUGAGAAAACACCAGGAAUGAAUCUCACUAUGGUUGUUAACAGACUGAGGACAUGUGUUCAGUCCCAUGCCUGGGUUGUCAUUCACUGGUGAUGUAGCAUCUGCUUAGCUCUGUUGCACACACAGCGUAGGGCAUGAAGAAUGCUUGCAUGUUUUGAGUAGGUACUGUGGAUACUUAGUGCGGCCACUAUUGGUGACUGUGGGGACACCCUUUGGGCACUGGAAGAAAUGUCUUAGCAAAAGUCAGUUAUCUUUUCUUACAUGGUUUGAAGGAGGAGGCUUAUUCUGUGUUCGAACCUAUAAAUGACAGUCCCAAUGCUUAACUGGGGAUUUCUGUGUUUUCAUUUGGUAAGAAAUGGAGCAUUAAAGUCUAGUUCAAAUGCUUUUCUCAGCACGUUCAGCUGCUCUUCUUCACGUCUUCCUGCAUCCUCUCAGCAACCCCACUGAGUAAUCCCCGUUUCCUCUUCAGCACUUCCUGGAACACUUUAAACAUCAACCGAGCUUCAUUAUGUAUUCACACAUAGCUUUGAACAUGUUCACUUUAACAUACCGAUUUUACAUUUCACCGAUAAAGCCUUCAAACCAAUAGCGAAGUUCAUUUUCUUAAUGACCUUUUUAUGAUUUCUUCAGAGAUUAACAGGUUUUGAAGAAACAAAUCAUUUGUGGGUAAAAAAAAAAGCAUAAUCAAAUAGAACAGAAUUGCUUAUAUUUUCCAAAAGAUCAAGUGUUUGACUAUUAUCCAAAAAAAAAAAAUCUCAUGUGAGAAGGACGCUCUUUAAACAUCUUUUUU